CAUGUGCAGAUGGCCAGGGCGUGCUGUGCAUGUUGCUGGGCAAGCGGUUCAGGCGGGCUGCAGCGAAACCUGCUCUCUCAGCUCUCGGGUUCUGGGGCUUUCUCUGCAACGAGAAGCCCCUAGAGAGCCAGCCGACCUCAGCUGAGUGCAGGGAGUGGCUUCCUUCACCCCCCCCCCUUGUUCCCUUUGCUCUCCAAAAAGUUACAAACUGGCUUUCCUUCCUGAUAAACCAAGGCUUCCUCACUGAUUGGUCUCAGUUUGGGAAAGGGACGUGACAUCAGCAGCUUUGCAGACUGGGGCUGGGGGGCCGCUGUGAGCUUUGGCCAACCUCCAGGCAGCUAGGUGGAGCGUGUGUGUGUGUGUGUGUGUGUGUGUGUGUGUGCGCGCGCGCGCGCGUGUGUGUGUGUGUGUGUGUGUGUGUGUUUGUGUGUCUGGGCGCAAAGCGCGUCUGUCUGACCACAGGUAGUGCUCAGAUUACCGUGCCUGCUCUGUUCUGUGCUGUUCUCUCCCGUCUGGCCAGGACCGUGCGGUUCAGCCAGCCCCAGCACUGGAAUUCCCAGGAGCAGGGGGAGCAUGGAAUUUGGACUCAACUGAGCGACCGAAGUGGAGAGUGGAGCUUGCCCGGCCAGGAGAGCACCAUGGAUGGCGAACCACGGGGCAGGAGCAGCAAGUCCCUGAGGCCAGGGGACCUUCCUGACACGCGGCUCCUUGCAAACUCGUGGAUGGGGGAUGUUGUGUCUGAUUGGUCUCCUGUGCAUGAAGCGGCCAUCCACGGACGUCUUCUCUCUCUGAGGAACCUCAUCAGCCAGGGCUGGCCCGUGAACCUCAUCACGGCCGAUCGCGUGUCCCCACUCCAUGAGGCCUGUCUCGGAGGUCAUCCCUCUUGUGCAAACGUUUUAUUAAAGCAUGGAGCUCAGGUGAAUGGGGUCACUACAGACUGGCACACCCCGUUGUUUAACGCGUGUGUCAGUGGCAGCCGUGACUGCGUGAAUUUGCUUCUGCAACAUGGGGCCAGCCCCCAUGCUGUGAGCGAUCUGGCAUCCCCCAUCCACGAAGCAGCUAAGAGAGGCCACGCGGCGUGUGUGGAGACCCUGGCGGCCCACGGGGGUGACGUGGACCAUAACAUCAGCCACCUGGGCACGCCGCUGUAUUUGGCUUGUGAAAACCAGCAGAUAGCCUGUGCCAGGAAGCUUCUGGAGUCAGGAGCCAGUGUGAACCAAGGCCGAGGUCUGGACUCCCCCCUUCAUGCAGUGGCCAGGGUGUCCAGUGGCGAGCUGGCGCUGCUGCUCAUGGACUUUGGAGCGGACACCCGGGCCAAGAACGCCGAAGGCAAACGCCCCUUGGAGUUGGUGCCCCCUGAGAGCCCUCUGACGCGGCUCUUCCUGCAGCGAGAAGGACCCCCCUCUUUGCUGCAGCUCUGUCGCCUUAGAAUCCGGAAGUGCUUCAGGACCCAGCAGCAUCACAAGAUCAAGGGACUCAUCCUUCCCGAGGAGCUGAAACGUUUUCUCCUUCAUAUGUAAACAUGUCAAGGGACCAGAGUCACAAAAAAACCACCAAGAUUCCGGAGUGUUGCAACCGCUGGCGUUUUGGAAUAAAAUCAGGUUUAUAGAGCUUG